GGCAUGAUUCAUCUGUUUUAAAGUCAGCAGCUCAGCACACCCAGAGGUUUGGAAUCAUUUAGGACCAGGAGAAGCUGAAGAUGAGGAAUGUUCUUGUGGGAGUAAUACUUGGACUUCUUUCAGUUGUCCAGGCAACACCAGUUAAAACCGUGACACAGAUACCUCUGAAAGCGGAGGACGAAGUUCUCCGAGAGGCAGUGACGGAUGGGUUUCUCGUCGAUCGAUUUUUCCCCCCCCAGCUCUCAAAAGAAUCACACAAAAACAACACAACCACACCAAGAUCCCAGCAAUCGACUUCCUCUGACCCCAAACAGGGUGCUGCAGGAGAGAAAAGCAAGGAGGAAACAAUCUCUGUGUUGAUUCAGCAUGGAGGUGACCGAAGGACAACCCCAGCCCAGAGUGUUCCACACUCCAACACGUCUACCACAGUGUCUACAAAAAAGUCAGACCUUUUGGACAUUCUCAACUCAGAUUUAGGCUCAGGAGAUGGAGACGCUGCUUAUGAAUCUGGAGCAAUAUCUACCUCCACCACAAAAAUAAGGAUUGCACCAACAAUCUCCAAGGCAACCGUUCAUCCACAACUGUUUGGGGAGAGUGAAGGAUCAGGGUCGGGGAUGAUGACAGAAACUACCGCUGAAUCAACAACCUCCAAACCCACCACACACCAUCCAACACUGUUUGUAGAGAUUAGUGAAUCAGGGUCAGGGUUGAUGACAGAAACUACGACUAAAUCAUCGACCUCUACACCUGCACCCAUUCAUCCACGAUCGUACAAUAACACUGAAAGACCAGAGACUUCAGAAAGCGCUACAACAACCAUUAUCAAACCAAUUACAAAAACUGAAGGAUCAACUGAAGGAUUGCCAGAAAAGUCAACAACUGUGAAAGAGGAAAAACAGACGCAGGAAGUUCUUAAGAAUCCUCUUGGAGUUCAUGACAAAACCACGACAUCAGCACAAAACGGUGGCAGCACUCCAGGUUGGAUCAUCAUCCUUGGUUUUAUCGUGGGUGUUGCAGCUCUCGUGAUGCUCUGUGUUGCCAUCGCCACCAGGGACAAGUGGAACGGUCCUAACCAGAUAUCACUGCCAGAGAACAAAGGUGGUCUAACAAACCAGCAGGGGGAGCUAGAGAUGGCGACAUUCCUGCCCAAAGAAGAGCCCAGAGAGAAUGGAAAGGCUGCAGAGUAUUCGGUCAUCCCUCUGGAGGACCUUCCAGAAGAUAGUGUGUCACACUGAUGCCCACAGCGCAGGCCAUCGCUGGUCAACAAAGACGUGUUUAUAGCAGCUUAAUUGUGUCAGAAGAACAAAAAACUGUGUGGACUUUAAAAGCUCUGAGCCAAUUUUGAACAAGACUGCUCUUUUCCUGCUCACAACCAAAGCUCUUACUGCUGAAGAAGCAUUGCCAACUCUGUCUACAGAAAAUGUCAUUUAUUUCAAAAUUAAGAAGUUUUUACAGUGUUUUGUUCGCUUGUUUUAUUUUUCAAUGUAAAUAUUUUUAGUCUAUGAUUGUAGGUGUCACUGUCCCUGUCCCUUAGCUUUAAAUAUAAGUUAAUAUUUUAUUAAAGACUGUGUAUUUGUGUGUAAUUUAAUAAAACAAAAAUCUUCCCCUUA